GCUCUGACGCCCCGCUUCCGGCGCUCUUCCCGUCGUGCACCGCGGCGGCGGCGGCGGCGGCGGGGCGGAAGGCGGCAAGAUGGCGGACGUGCUGGACCUGCAUGAGGCGGGCGGGGAGGACUUCGCCAUGGACGAGGAUGGCGACGAGAGCAUCCACAAGCUGAAGGAGAAGGCCAAGAAGCGCAAGGGACGCGGCUUCGGCUCAGGUGAAGGAGGGCUCCCGGCCCGCGUGCGCGAGGACUACGACAGCGUGGAGCAGGACGGCGACGAGCCGGGCCCACAGAGGUCGGUUGAGGGCUGGAUCCUCUUCGUCACGGGCGUCCACGAGGAGGCGACGGAGGAGGACAUCCACGACAAAUUCGGAUACGGGGAGAUCAAAAACAUCCACCUCAUGGACAGGCGCACGGGGUACCUGAAGGGCUACACCCUGGUGGAGUACGAGACCUAGGAGGCGCAGGCGGCCAUGGAGGGGCUGAACGGGCAGGAGCAUGGGCAGCCCAUCAGCGUGGACUGGUGCUUCGUCAGGGGCCCCCCCAAAGGAAAAGAAGGUGAGGGGGCUCUGUGGCGGGACCAAAACCGUUUAUUUUUUCCCCCCAAAAAUUCCUCCCCACCCCGGUGAAGUUUCAUUGGGCUCCGUUGUGCUGCUGGGGGGGAGCCCCAGGAGGUGGGUGAAGACCCCCGGGACCUGUGGGGGGAGGGAAUCGGGUCCCUGGGGGCAGAU